AUGUCCGUGGGCAGCGCCGUCCCUCCCGCGCUGACCGCCAUCACCGCCUCCCUCGCCGUCGCCGCCGCGGCAGCCUCUUCCUCCUCGUCCACCGCCUCCACGUCCACCUCCUCCGCCGCGCCGCCGGCCCUCACCGUCAGCUUCCUGUCGCCCGAGGUCGGCGGCGCCACGCGCUUCUACCCGUUCCACGACCUGGAGCUGCUCGCCAGCGGGCAGGACACGACGCUCUCCAAGGCGCAGCUCAUCGCCACGGGGCUCGACGGCGACCAAAACGUGCUGCUCUUCCCGACGGGCUGCCAGGUGGACGUGGACGACCCCGCGAGCGCGAUCGACUGCACGCGCGCGUGCCGCAACGCCUCGUCGCUCUUCAGCUCCCUCGACACGUUUUACAACUGCGCCGCCCUCGCCAGCAUCGCCUACUGGAGCCGCGACGGCAGCGGUAAUGGCAACGGCAAUGGAGAUAGCGGCGGCGGAGGCGGACAAGGUGACCGGCACAGCGCCCGCUUCUACAUCCCCGAGCAGGCCGAGCGCAACGCCAGCGCCCUCAUGGGCCCCGGCGGCUCGCUCGCCGCCUUCGACGAGCGGCCCGUGCUGUCGGCGUUUGUGGCCUGCGCGCAGGCGGCGUGCGGCGAGGACGGCAUCCGCACGCCCUGCAACGACUCGGUCAAGGCGCUGACGCAGCAGUCGCUCCCGGGGGACGUGUUUGACGCCCUCAACACGUUUUGCCCGGACAUUGCUGCCGAGAUCAACCCGGAUAUCUUUGGGCCCGGUGUCCUCAUCUCGUAUGUCCUCCAGGUCUGCUUCUCCAGCAUGCUGUACCUGGCCACCAGGUUCUUCACGCUGUACGUCUCCUUUUCGGAGCGCGGCCGACUCAAGGAGGAGGAGCAGCGGCAGCAGUUGGAGGCGCAGCAACGGGAACGGCAGGAGCAGCAGUCGCAGAAGCGGCAACAGGGACGAGCAGGCGGGGUAGGAGGAGGAGGAGCGUUAGCACCGGCCCCCUCCUCGUCGCUGCGUCUCCAGCGGCGGCUCACGCGCAUCGAGACGCUCAUCUGGCGCGACUCGUCGGCCCUGUCGCGCACCAGCAUCGCCAUCGCCACCACGCUCGUCGAGUUCCAGGAGGCGCAGUGCUGGUUCGUCUUCGCCAUCCAGAUCGCCUCCAUCCUCGCCAUCGUCGUCAACUCGCAGGAGGGCACCUUCUGGGGCGAGAUCAUGGUCAACGCCGCCGUCGCCUUCCACGUCAGCCAGAACGGCGUGCUGCCCAUGUUCCUCGUCCAGAUCUGCCUGCACAACGAGGGCAUCCGCAACUGGCACACGUUCCUGGGCUUCGUCGUCGAGUACCUCCUCGCCAUCGUCGCCACCACCCAAAAGGUCUACUUCCGCGACGCCUUCAACCUCUUCCGCAAGGAGACUCGCAUUGAUGCCUGCGGCGGGAACCCGAGUCCGCGGAGCUACUGCGCUGCCAUGCAUGGCGUCGAUGGCAUCAACCUCGGCUUCUUCCCGCGCCCGCUGCUUUACAAGAUGGUCUUUCUCGUGCUCGACACCUUUGCCAUGGUUGUUCUCGUCGUAGAUCAGAUGAGCUGGACGCUGCGCACCCACCGCUGGACCAGCCACCUUCGCAUCGGCCGCUACCGUGCCGGCCGCGGGCCCGCGGGACGCUACAAGGUCGCCUGGCUGCGCGCCAAGCGCUGGGUCUGGCGCCUCCUUGAGCUGGCCUACCUCGUCAUCAACAUCCUCUACAUGGUCUCCCUCAUCAAGGUCUUCAACUCGGACAGCUUCGAGGCGAGCAAGUGGUCCUACGGCCAAAUCAUUGCCAUGACGGUCUGGGGACCCGUCAUCGUCAAGCUCUUUGACUUGGUUCUAUCCGGCCCGCCCAAGAACGGCACGAGCCUCAACUCGGGUCCCCCGCGCCUGCGCAUCGACAACGUCAUCAACCGCCGGAUCGGCACGUCGGCCGACGAGGAGCUCGAGGCCAGCGGCUACGUGCCGGGCCUCGGCCGCAAGAUCCCCGGGCCGCCGCCCGAGCUGGACCUCGGCCAAGCCCGCAGCCGGACGCGCGACACGGGGGACACGACCGACGACGGUCUGAGCACGGAAGUCAAGAAUGUGUAA